AAAUUACACAGUCUCUUUUCCAAUAAACAGUGUAGAGAGAGAGAUCGUUACAAAAUGUCAGAACAAAGUUCAAUGAAUGGAUCGGAGGCUGGCCAACAUCCGGAACAUUACAAAGAAAUCCACCAUCAUUACGCAGAAGAGUGCAGUCAAGAUGACAUUGGAACAUUUUUGUUCACAUCAGAAUCAGUAGGCGAGGGACACCCAGAUAAGAUCUGUGACCAGGUGAGCGAUGCUAUUCUAGAUGCCCAUCUGAAGCAGGAUCCAAAUGCCAAGGUUGCCUGUGAGACAGUCAGCAAGACGGGCAUGAUCCUGUGCUGUGGGGAGAUCACAUCCAUGGCCAAGGUGGACUACCAGAAGGUCAUUCGAAAUACAGUCAAACAGAUUGGUUAUGACGAUUCUUCUAAAGGUUUUGACUACAAAACAUGCAAUGUGCUGAUAGCCCUGGAAGAGCAGAGUCCAGACAUAGCUCAGGGUGUGCACCUAGCACGUGAUGAGGAUGAUAUCGGUGCUGGCGACCAGGGCCUCAUGUUUGGGUACGCCACUGACGAGACAGAGGAGUGCAUGCCAUUGACAGUCGUCCUCUCACACCAGCUGAACGCCAAAAUUGCACAAUUGCGCCGGAGUGGAGAAAUGGCUUGGGCUCGUCCAGACUCAAAAACACAGGUUACUGCAGAAUACAAAUAUGAGGACGGUGCUUGUGUGCCGCUUCGUGUUCACACAGUGGUAAUCUCAGUACAGCACAGUCCUGACAUCACAGUUGAACAGCUGAGGAAGGAACUCAUGGAAAAGGUUGUGCUCACAGUGAUCCCAAAGAAAUUCCUUGAUGACCGAACAAUUUACCACCUCCAGCCAUCAGGGCAGUUCAUCAUUGGAGGUCCACAGAGUGACGCAGGUCUGACUGGCAGGAAGAUCAUUGUAGACACAUACGGUGGGUGGGGAGCACACGGCGGUGGAGCAUUCUCUGGAAAGGACUUCUCCAAAGUGGACCGGUCAGCUGCAUACGCCGCAAGAUGGGUGGCUAAGUCCCUAGUGAAGGCGGGCCUCUGCAGACGUGUUCUCGUACAGCUUUCAUAUGCCAUCGGUGUUUCCCAGCCUCUGUCCAUCACAGUUCUCAGUUAUGGAACGUCUCAGAAAUCUGAAAGAGAACUGCUGCAGAUUGUAAGAAACAACUUCGACUUGCGACCUGGAAGAAUUGUGAAGGACCUGAACUUAAGGGAUCCCAUAUACCAGAAGACAGCCUGUUAUGGACAUUUUGGUCGCCCAGAAUUCACAUGGGAACAGCCGAAAAAUCUGAAGUUUUAACCAGUUACACUACAACUGAACUGAACUUGUACUAUCAAUACAUAUGUUUUGUUAUUAUUUUGUCUUCAUGAUGUGUGUUUCAUGAUUUGAUGUUACCUCUAUCAAUUUUUAUUUACCAGUGUAAGCUCAUUCGCCUCAAAAUGUGUUACAUGUUAGGACAUAAAGCAUUUUGAGGCUGUAAUAUGCUGCAUCAGCAAAUGUCUCACCAUCCCUGUGAUGUGACAUUGUUGUAAUAUAGUUUUCACAAUCACAUUUCCUCAUUAUGACUUAUUAUUAUAUUUGUAUUUGUAUAAAAAAAUGACUGAAAGAGGCACGAUAAAUAUUCAUAAACAAAUGGAUAAAUGGAUAAAUGGAUAAGCAAAUUUAUUAUUUUGAUGUUAACACAUCAUGUUUAUGAGAGGUCAGCAGGUCCGGCCCCUGGGGUCACUUGAACCCUGACCCCUGGAGGCCAUACCCUGGCUGGUUGGGAGACAACAUCGACAGACCACAGUAGUUAAAGGGAUAGACCGACAGCCGAUUGGACACUUUUACAGCAUUAAAGUUAAAUAAUACCCGUACCUUUCAAAUUAAUAUUGUCAUUCAGGAUACUAGUUAUAAAAAGGUUUAAAAAACAAUGCAGUUAAGAAUGUUUACUGUGUAAUCGGCACUCGGUUUGCUCAUUUUAUGCUCUGCCCUUUAGCUAGUGCAAGUAUUCAAUGUUUUGUAUACUUGUCUUGUGUUUAUAGAAAUUAAUUGGAAAAGAGCACUUUUGAUAAACACUCGGGUCUGUGUUCCCAUUUGUGUGCUCAAAUUACCAUCUUGAUUUGUUUGUUUUUUAAUUCCAGUCUUGUGUAUACCUGUGUGUUUUGUACUUGUCACUGUUGUUUUAUGACUUGCCAUAUGUUUAAGUAUAAACCUGCUAAUGAUUCUGUAACUUAAACACAAUUGUAUUGCCCAUGACUUUGUGUACUUGAUUUGUUGGUGUGACAUGUCUAUGGAUAUUUUAUUCUUUAUGUGAGUUUGUGGCAAAUUGAUGUUAUUAAUUUGUAUUUUUUGUAUCUUUGAUGUACACAAUAUUCUGUUUUAUGGUUUUUAUAUCAUUCAAUGAUAUUAAUUUUUAUGUAAGUGUAUAUUCUUGUUGUGUUUUUUAAACGGAUCGAUGAGAAAAGCUGUUUAAUAUUGAAAUUCGAUAACAAUUAAAUAAUUUAUCAAUAUUCAUAAUCAGAAGUGUGACAUUUUCCUAAUGUUUUCUGCUAUAGUGUUCAACUUGUGGGUAUACAACUUUAUGUUUGAGGGUAUUCAUUAAAGUUUUGUCUUAUACUUGCAUAUGUAAUCAUUUAUUCCUGUUGCAAUAUUGCAUAAUUCAUUCCCUUUACUUUAUGAAUGCACUUGUAUAAAUAAGUUCAUCCAUAUCUAAAUUCCAGGUUGAUGCAAAGCUAUUUUUUGUUAUUAAUGGAAGCGGCUUUUAAAAUAUAUUUUUGACAAGUGAAAUUGCUGACAGUGGAAAUAUAAAUAAUGACUGUUUAUAUCCGGGAUGACUAAAAUACAUUUAAAAAAUGCUGAUACUGGAACUUUAUUACAAUGUGUUUGAAAGACGCCAUUAUGUUUUAUCAAAAGUUUGUGCAUGUGGAUGAAAGAUUAUUAUUACUAGAAAUCCUUGACUGUUGCCAUGUGGGAUAAACCUGUAUUAAAGGUGAAAAAUAAAUAUAUGAAUAA